UUCCGACUAACAUGCACUGGCGCCAUUUUAUGCUUAACUAACUAAUAAUCACUAACUGUCAUAAAAGGCUUAUACACUAAAAAGGCACGCUUAGGUGCUAUAAUAACCUAAAUCGUAUACAUAGGCACACACAAACAUAAUACACUGGGUGUGUAUUAACUCCUUUAAAUAACGAAAUGACUUCUGUGACCGCAACCUGUCAUCCACUAAUAAAGGAUGGGUCGCGGAUGUUGUUUUUUAAAUCACACUGUGGCAAGAAAGGAGGUCCAUGAAGAGAACAUGGACAGCAACUCGAAGCCCGAGUUCUCGUGGAGUAAAGACAGCGUGGUGAAGAAGGCGCAACAGCGCCUCUUCAACCUCAGGAGGCUAAAGAAAUUUGGCUUGUCACCAAAAACACUCACAAACUUUUACAGAUGCACAAUCGAGAGCAUCCUCUCCGGCUGUAUCACAGCCUGGUACGGCAACUGCUCCGCCUACAACCUUAAGGCUCUCCAGAGGGUAGUGAGGUCUGCACAACGCAUCACUGGGGGCAAACUACCUGCUCUCCAGGACACCUACACCACCCGAUGUCACAGGAAGGCCAAAAAGAUAAUCAAGAACAGCAACCACCCGAGCCACUGCCUGUUCACCCCGCUAUCAUCCAGAAGGCGAGAGCCAGGACCCUCUUCAAGUGACACAGUUUUUUCAGGGAGGAGUGUGGAAGUGGAGGAAGAGGUGAAAGACAGUACCAAUGCAGAUUUUGUGGAUGGAGCAAAUGAGAGAAGGUGCACAGAAAGAGACAGACAAAAUGAGGAUAUUGAAAAACAAGCUGAUCAAUGACUUUGCUAACAAGAAGGCUCAGCGCUGGGCUCUUGGUGAGUAAGGCUGAGCAAGGGCCAGUGAUAACUGACUGUUAAAUGGCAUGGCUAUGGAUAUUGGUGCACUACACACAUGAUGCCCACAGGCUGAAAACAGACUGAGAACAAGAUAUAUCUCAAAGUAAUGGCUGGAUUGCCAUACAUUUUCUUGUGCCUAAUCAAGACCCCAAGUGGAAGAAACCUAUUGAUUUGGUGACCUCUUGACCUUUCGUCUAGCGCCACCAUCAGGCCUUUUCAUUUCCAUUUCCACUUUUACAGCUGCUUAUUUUCUAGUUGGUAUGUAUACCUAGUUCAAAAAUCUGCUGCUGAUUUUAUUAUUUUGAUUGUUACAUCAUUCUAUAGAUAAUACUGUUCAUUUAUUUUAAUUGGCGAGGUUAAUGUAUAUUUAAGUUAUCCAUUAAUGUUAAGAGAAUUCUCCAUUCAAGAAUUGUACCAUUAAAAUGACAUUGAGUGUAAAAGAUGGCCUUUAGCACAUUUCUUAUAGAGGGUAUCAGUCUUGCAUCAAAUAGUGAAUUCCACUGUAUGCAGAAUGUUGCAUGCAUGUCUGCACAGUGUUAUAUUUUCACAGCUCACUGUCAGGAAAUAUCAUACAGUAAAUAUUGGACUACAAGAGAGUUGCAAGCCUGCAAAGGUAUAGUUAUUUAAAGCUUUGAAUGGGUCGAUUGGGUUCUGGAGAUGUGUGGUUACAGCAAUUGCGCAGGGUUGGUGUGGCCUGUGGUGGUGGGGCCCAAUGUGAUAUCUUUUCAUGGGGCCCAAAAUCACUGGCGCGCCCUUGGUUGGGUCAUUGUCCUGUUGACAAUGACCCAACACACCUUGAAAAGUUCUUGAAAUGUUCCAGAUUGACUGACCUUCAUGUCUUAAAGUAAUGAUGGACUGUCAUUUCUCUUUGCUUAUUUGAACUGUUCUUGUCAUAUAGACUUGGUCUUUUGCCAAAUAUGGCUAUAUUCUGUAUACCACCCCUACCUUGUCACAACACAACUGUUUGGCUCAAAUGCAUUAAGAAGGAAAGAAAUUCCACAAAUUAACUUUUAACAAGGCACACCUGUUAAUUGAAAUGCAUUCCAGGUGAACACCUCAUUGUUGAGAGAAUGCCAAGAGUGUGCAAAGUUGUCAUCAAGGCAAAGGGUGGCUACUUUUAAGAAUCUCAAACAUAAAAUAUAUUUUGAUUUGUUUCACACUUUUUUGGUUCCUACAUGAUUCAAUAUGUGUUAUUUCUUAGCGUUGAUGUCUUCACUAUUAUUCUACAAUGUAGAAAAUAGUAAAAAUAAAGCAAAACCCUCGAACGAG